AUGGCUAGUGAUCUUGGCCAGAUUGUCCAGCUCUUGGACGCCACCCUGAAGCCGACAGAGCGCAGGAAAGCUGAGACGGCGCUCAAGGCCGAAGAGAAGAAGCAGGGCUUCUCGUUGCAGCUUCUGCAGAUCGUCCACAACGAAUCGCUCCCGACCCAGAACCGUCUUUCGGCCGCCCUCUACUUCAAGAACUUCGUCCGAUUCAACUAUGUGGAUUCCGAAGGCAACUACAAGCUACCGGGGAACGAAGUGGCUACCAUCAAGCAAGAGCUCAUCGGCUUGAUGAUCUCGUGCCCCCCCGCCAUCCAGACUCAGCUCGGCGAAGCUAUCAGCUUGAUUGCUGACUCGGACUUCUGGGAGAGAUGGGACACUCUUGUCCAGGAUCUUGUCUCGCGUCUCACGGCCGAUAACGCAAAGGUCAACAACGGCGUACUGGAAGUUGCACACUCCAUCUUCCAAAGAUGGCGCCCUCUAUACCGGUCUGACGACCUUUUCACCGAGAUCAACCAUGUGCUAAACACGUUUGCGGCACCGUUCCUCACCUUGCUCAACGCCACCGACGGACAGAUCACGGCAAACGCCAACAACAAGGAGGCCUUGAAAUCUUACUUCGAUACCAUGAGCCUGCUGGUCAAGGUUUUCUACGAUCUUUCGUGCCAGGACAUGCCUCCGCAGUUCGAGUCGAGUCUGGAGCAGAUCUCGACACUUCUUCACAAAUAUCUCACUUACGAGAACCCUCUACUCGCGACCGACGACGAUGCCGAGGCGGGUGUCCUGGAGCACGUCAAGGCUGACAUCUGCGAGGCGCUGCAGUUGUACACCAGCAAGUAUGAUGACGAAUUUGGUCGAUUUACCCCCGUCUUCAUUACCAGCGCUUGGAACCUGUUGUCGUCGCUCGGCCCGGAGCAGAAAUACGACAACCUCGUGAGCAGGGCCUUGCAAUUCCUGACGGCGAUCGCUAGCACAGAGCGACAUGCACAAAACUUCAACGACGAAAACACCCUGAACCAGGUCGUGGAAAAGGUCGUGCUUCCCAACGUCGCUCUGAGAGAGUCGGAUAUGGAGCAGUUCGAGGACGAACCUAUCGAGUUCAUUCGACGCGACUUGGAGGGCUCCGAUACCGACUCUAGAAGACGAGCAGCCACCGACUUCCUCAGGACGUUGCAGGAAAAGUUUGAGAGCCUAGUCACUGGCGUUGCCGGCAAGUAUAUCAACCACUAUCUGGAGCAAGGCAAGAGUGACUGGAAGCAGAAGGACACUGCCGUUUCGCUCUUCCUUUCUAUCGCUGCAAAGGGCGCUGUAACUGCCGCCCAGGGUGUUAAGACAGUCAACUCUCUGGUCAACGUUGUCGACUUCUUCCAACAGCACAUUGCUGCGGAUCUGAUCAAUACCGAGUCCGAGCCCAUCUCGAGAGUUGACGCUAUCAAGUUUCUCUACACGUUCCGCAGUCAGCUGACCAAGGAGCAAUGGCAAGGCGCUUUCCAGCCGCUUAUCCAGAACCUCGGUUCAGAUAACUACGUGGUUUAUACCUACGCCGCCAUCGCCGUGGAGCGAGUCCUCUUUCUUACUGACGAUGCCGGUAACCACGUCUUCACCCGCGCUGAUAUCGAACCCUUUGCCAAGGAUCUCCUCGAGCACCUGUUCAAGCUUGUUGAGAAGGAGUCGUCGCCGGCUAAGGUGCAGGAGAACGAGUUCUUAAUGAGAUGUAUCAUGCGUGUUCUCAUUGUCAUCAAGGAUGGAGUCCUGCCCUUCGUGGACUUGGUGUUAGACCACCUCAUUAAGAUCACGGCAGUCAUCAAGGAGAACCCCAGCAAUCCCAGGUUCUACUAUUACCACUUCGAAGCGUUGGGCGCUUUAGUCAGGAACGGAUCUCCCGGUGCCAGUGCCAAGUUGGAGGAGCAACUCUGGCAGCCCUUCCAUCUGAUUCUCACAGAGGAGGUUAACGAGUUUAUUCCAUACGUGUUUCAGCUCUUUGCAGCCCUGCUGGAGCCCAACCCGUCCGGCGCUCUGCCAAACCACUACAAGGCACUUAUUACCCCGCUGGUCCUACCUACUAUCUGGGAAACAAGAGGCAAUGUUCCCGGCUGUGCUCGUCUGCUGGCUGCCAUCAUUCCUCGAGCAGCUGAUGCUAUCGUUGCCGAAAACCAACUCGAGCCUAUCUUGGGUAUCUUCCAGAAACUUCUCAGUGGCAAAAAGACAGAGCAGAAUGCCUUUGAAAUUCUCGAGGCUAUAACCACAUCUAUCCCAAAGGCUUCACUGGAGAAGUACUUCCCUACUGUUCUUCAGCUCUUGUUCACAAAACUUCAGAACAACCCUUCGGAGUCGUUCACCCGCAGCUUUGUGCGCUUCUACCACCUUGUUUCGGCAAGAACUGAAGCCGGCUUGGGAACCGAUUUCUACGUCGCACAAGUCGACGCUGUACAAAAGGAUAUCUUCACCCCUAUCUACCUGAAGACGAUCCUCCCAGGCUCCCAGCUAUUGGUUCGCCCUGUCGACCGAAAGCUAGCGGUCGUAUCGUUCGCCAAAUCUCUCGCAGAGAGUCAGGCGUUUGCUCAGAGAUAUCAGAAGGGCUGGCGUUUUACGUGCGAGGCAUUCUUGACUCUGCUUGGCAAUGCGCCCACCGUGGCUACCGGUGCAGGCAACGAGGUUAUCACCGAGGCAGAUGUGGAUGACAUUGGGUUUGGCUUGGGAUUCACAGCCCUCAACACUUGCAAGAAACCCGCGGCAGACGAGUUUCCCCAGAUCCAAGACGUCCCGCAAUGGGUGCGCCAGUACCUCACCCAAGCCAAUGCAGCACAGAACGGUGCUAUUGCAGGAUAUGUUCAGGAGCGUCUGUCAGACGAGGGAAAGCAGGCGUUGGCUCAGUAUAUCGGAUAG